AUGAUCAAUCUUCACAGCAAGUACGUGCAAUUUCCAACUCACUAUACACCCACCGACGGUAUGGAUGUACGCCAUCGGUAUCCAGUGGCCGUGGUCCUACCAACCCUGUCUUUCUUGUCCAUUGCAGUGGGAAUCCCACCCUUGAUUCUACUGGCCAAGAAUCGAAACUACCCUGCCGCCAAUCUCAUCGCCUGGUCAAUCAUCCUCAAUCUGUUCAACAUCAUCAAUGCCCUCUGCUGGCCCAAUGAUGACGUGGAUUCGUGGUGGGACGGCUCCGGCCUGUGUGAUAUCGAAGUCAAAGUCAUGGUGGCCGGCUAUAUCGGUGUCCCGGGGGCUCUCCUUUGUAUCUUCCGCAGCCUGGCCAUUGUUCUGGACACAGACCGUGCAACCCUUGUCCCGAGCCGGAGUCAAAGAUGGCGUAACCGAUUCAUGGACAUCGUCUUCUGUGUCGUCGCUCCUCUCAUCGCAAUGGCCACCCACAUCGUCUACCAAAAGAGCCGCUACUACGUCUUUACAAUCUCUGGAUGCGUGAACAACUACGACGAGAGCUGGGUCAGCCUUGUCCUCGCCUACAUCUGGCCACCCAUCAUCUGCGUCAUUGCAGCAUACUACUGCUGCCUGGUCCUCAUCCGUGUCCGCAGAUACCGAAAUGAAUUUGCCAACAUUUUGCGUGCAUCAAGCAGCAAUCUCAGCAAGUCUCGCUUCAUGCGUCUCUUCUUCCUCGCCCUCUCAAUGCUUGUCUGCAUUUUGCCCCUUCAAGGCUUCGUCGUGUAUACCGACAUCACACUGGCACUUCCCUGGCACCCAUACUCAUGGAGUGAAACCCACGGUGAAGACUGGUCCAAGAUCAUCAAAGUCCCACAGGGCAACAAAGUCUUCUUUGACCGCUGGACACCCAUCGUAUCAGGAUUCAUGGUCUUCAUCUUCUUCGGCUUCGGUCAUGACGCCACUCGCAUGUACCGCACCAUCUUCUGGUAUCUCGGACUGGGAUACUGUUUCUCGAGUGUCGAGCGUCCCGUCACUACUCCUUCCCAGGCAACAAGUCCAGGUGCAGAGUCCGGAACAACCCUUGUUGGGACCAUCACUUCUAGCGCAAAGUCGUUCUUCAGUCGCAAGGGCUCCACAAGCACCUUCUUGACUACUGGUACCUACAACGAUAUCGAAAAGGGCACUUCUUCCUCCCGUCACGGCCUGCCUGCGCGUCGGUGGAAAUGGCUGUCAUCUCUUUUUGGACGUCGUUCCCGUCAUCCUCGUCGUUCUAUGACCGAGGAAGGACUUGCAUUGCGGGAGGUUGCUGGUUCAGGGAACACCAUUCUCACUAAUGCCUGGGCGAGUCCGCACGAUAAGGAUACUUUCGGAAGUCCUACUUCCUCGACGUCAAACAAGGAUAAUAUCCACGUGCAGCAUGUCAUCAGCCAGCAGAGUGAGAUCCACAUCUAG